AUGAAGUACGUAAAACUGGACACCAGCAAGUCUCGGGGAGAAUGCGCUGAUCUUCAAGAGCCCACGAACAAAGAACUGCUUUGGGAGAUUCUGCGCAUAGGUUUUCCGUUGUCAGCUUCUCAGCUCUCUCAGUUUGGUCUUAUGGUUGUCAUGUUUUUUUUUGCGGGUCAUCUAGGUGUGGAAGAACUAGGGAGUGUUUCCAUCGCUCUCGGCAUUUUCAAUGCGACAGGAUUUGCUUUUGGCAGUGGACUCUGUGGAGCCCUGGAGACACUUUUGUCGCAUUCCUAUGGACAAGAUCCCCGAAGUACCACGUAUGGGGUUUACGCCCAAAGGAUGUUUCUCAUACUUAUGUUAUUUGCAAUUCCCCUGGCUGUUUUGCUAGGUUGUUUGACGCCAAUCUUGGUAGCCAUUGGUGAACCUGCUCAUGUGGUGGUGGAGGUGAGUUCAUUUUGUGUAAUUUGUAUUUUUGGAUUGCCGCCAAUUAUGCUGUUGGAGCUGCUCCGACGUUAUUAUGCGUGUCAGCAGCGCUCGAACCCGGUUUUUGUGACACUAGCUAUGGCUGCAAUUAUAAAUCCCAUCAUACAGUACGUGUUUGUCUCUUUUUGUGGAUACAAAGGAAUUGCACUGGGCUGGGUGAUUCUUAUUGUGGUUAUGGAUAUCGCUCUACUCGUCUACCUUAGACUGAGCGGCCUAUAUCGUCAUACAUGGGGUGGCUGGAGCAAGGCGGCGUUUAAAAAUUGGAUCCCCAUCUUGAAGCUGGCUAUUCCCUCUCUUGGGAUGACCUUUAGUGAGUGGAGUGCCAUGGAAGUAAAUUCUGUCUGUGCAGGUUUUAUGAGUCCUGUGCACUUGGGGGCAUAUGCCAUUAGUGGUCAGAUUGCGAACCUCUGUUGGAGCGCGGUGUCUGGUUUUUUUAUGGCCAGCACCGUCUUGGUAGGAAAUUGUGUUGGUGAAAGGCGCCCAGAAUUGGGAAAACGGUACGCAAUUAUGUCAUUCCUCGUUGUCUCGGUCUGUGUCUGUGUGAACACCACUACAGUGUACAUGUACCGAAAGGAAAUUGCUUAUAUAUUCACUGAAGACACUGAGGCGGUGUCUGUAUUUGUGGAUAUUACUCCUUUUUUCUUAGUGUAUCACGUGUUGGAUUCUAUACAGUGCAACUUUUUGGGUAUUUUGCGUGGAUGUGGGCUUCAGAUCGCUGGUGUGGUCAUUGCCUUUGUGAGCCUGACGAUUGUUGGAAUGCCGCUGGGUCUCUUCCUUUUUUUUCGCUGUGGCUACGCCAUCCAGGCGUUGUGGAUUGGCCCUAUUGUAGGUUGUGCGUCCCUGGGGCUUCCUGCGUGCCUGUUUGUGUUCUUCUACCGCAUCAAUUGGAAGAGGCUUCAGCCCCAUGUUGAGGCGCCAUCCGCCCUUACCAACGAAGUGUUGGUCAGUGUCGUCAGCUGUAAGACAGUACCGUGA